UUUAAACGGAUCUCAACUAUUCUGUUACACCUUGCUCACCUUGUAUGUAAUAUCCAGUAUACUAGAUAAUUCAGCUAUUACGAAUGAUUUCCAUUUACCCAGUACAAUGUAUAAGCGGAUAGUAAAACCUAAAACGACCAGAGUAUGAGAUCAGAACUAAUCACCGCAAAGUUAUAACUAAUCUACGCGUAAUUAUUAAGAUUUACCUAAUCAAGCUACAACUAAUGUUUAGUUCACUGCAGUCAGUUGCAAAAUGUGUUUCCGAGCAGUUGUUAUUUUUCUAGCGUUGACUCGCGCGCUGGAGGUGGCGUGCCUGAAGACCUUUCCUCCAGGAUUUCGCUUUGGAGCUGCGUCAGCAGCCUACCAGAUAGAGGGAGGUUGGAAUGUCAGUGACAAAGGAGAAAGCAUCUGGGACCACAUCGUGCACACUCGACCUGGCUUCAUCGCCGACCUCAGCACUGGUGACGUGGCCUGCGACUCCUACCACCUUUGGGAGGAAGACCUGAAGAUCCUUGAGGAUUUGGGGGUGGACUUCUACAGGUUCUCCAUCAGCUGGCCCCGUCUCCUCCCAAGCGGCUUUCCUAACCAUAUCAGCGAAGAUGGCUGUCGCUACUACAGCAAUCUAAUCGAUGGCCUGCUGGCCCGGGGCAUCGCCCCCGUAGUGACCCUCUACCAUUGGGACCUACCUCAGAACCUGCAGGAUCUUGGUGGUUGGACGAACCCUCUCGUAGUGGAGUGGUUCGCCGACUACGCUCGUGUGGUGUACUCCCUCUUCGCUGACCGCGUCAAGACCUGGAUAACCAUCAACGAACCCUGCUUCGUCUGUGAUGGCGCCUAUAGGGACAUUAUCGCUCCAGGAAUAGAGGACUACGAGAUAGGAGCGCUGUUGUGCACGAAGUACGUGCUGCUCGCGCAUGCGGCGGCAUACCGGAUAUACGAGCGGGAGUUUAAGCACAAAUAUGGAGGCGAAGUAUCGAUCACCAACCAGGAAAUUUGGUUGGAGCCGAAGACUGAGGCCGACUGGGAGUUGACUCUAUUGGCCAGAGAGUACGCUUUCGGUCGCUACACGUACCCCGUGUUCUCGGCGGAGGGGGGCUGGCCGCCCGCGCUGGAGGCAUACAUGGCGGAGAAGAGUGCCAAGGAGGGGUACCCUCGCUCCAGGCUGCCUGCUUUCACACCGGAGGAGAUCCAGCUGAUUAAAGGUUCGUCAGACUUCUUCGGCCUGAACCACUACACGUCGCGCACGGUGCGCGCGCCGGCGCCGGGCGAGCGGCCCGGACUGUACAUGUUCGAGAGUUUCGAGGAGGUCGGCGCUGUGCUGGAGAGUAAACCCGAGUGGGCCGGCGACGGCUCUGACUGGCUUAAGGUGAACCCAGAAGGUCUCAGGCACAAUCUGAACUGGACCCGUCAGCUGUACGGCGACGUGCGGAUCCUGAUCAUCGAGAAUGGUUGCUCCAGCGAAGACACCCUGAAUGACACGGGGCGAGUCAGCUACAUUCGCGACUAUCUGGAACAGGUACUCCUAGCCAUAGAUGAUGGAAUAAAAGUGAUUGGCUACACUGCCUGGUCGCUGAUGGACGACUUCGAGUGGAUCGAUGGAUACCAGACCCGGUUCGGUCUGCACGCCGUGGACUUCUCGGACCCGCGGCGCGCGCGCACCGCCAGAGCGUCCGCCAGCUACUACCGGCGCGUCCUGCGCACGCGCGCGGCGCGCGGGGACCACACCGAACUGUAGACUGAAGGACCCGGAGGUAGGGGCUCCCUAUAGGUACAGAGUUGUGGCGAAAACCGAUAAUUCCCGGUUCCAGCACUGAGGGCCUACCGCGAACGCUGAAAUCAUUUUUAAUAUAAUGUUUUAUUUUUGACAAUGUAAACUGUAUUGAUUAUUUAUUACAUGUUAUUCAAUGUUUUUA